AUGCCUCAAGAUUUGCCGCCUCAGGGGGGGUACGAGCCUGUGCAGUAUAAGAGGAACCUCCCCGCGCGCGGAUUCCGGCCCUCGGUCAUGCUGGCGGCGAUGUUUGGCAUGAUGGGCUUUGGCUUCUACAAGGUUGGCAAGGGGAUCCGAGAGCAGAAUGAGCUUGCCCGCGAGAAGAUGUGGUCAAGAAUCCACCUCAUUCCUCUUUUGACGGCGGAGGAGGAUCGCGAUCUGGUGAGGAGGCAUUACGCGGAUCAGGCGCGGGAGAAGGCGUUGCUUGGGAGCGAGACGAGCGCUUAUAACUCUGAUCGAUUCGUACGUCCUACUUUUGCGGUUACCCCGAGUCAGAUAUCGAAGUAG